AUGGAACAUAUAAAUGCUGAACCAAAGCAAUUUAGCUCUGAACUAGUUGAAUAUCGUCCACUCACAUAUAAUGAACAAUCGCUAGGACUGACACAUUGGGAAACUAUCUUUGGGUUUUCACGAGAUUGUUUCGAACGAUAUUAUUCAUUAGCUGCUUCACCUGACUAUCAAGUUGGAGAUACGUUAGGUGCUUGGUAUCAAAGAUCAUUGAUUAGUACUGUUCAUAUUUGUCGUUUGAAAUGUGAAUGGAAUGACGAAAUAUUUUUAUGUGGCGGUAUUGCACUUGUGGCAACAUUAGCUGAAUAUCGUUGUCAUGGUCUGUCACGACAUUUAUUAAAUUUAGCCAUUGAGAAAAUGAAAAAUGAAGGAUUUCAUUUCUCAUUUUUGGGAACAGAUCAACCAGGACAUUACGCAGCACUUGAUUGGGAAGAGAGCAAUGUACCGUACUUGACUAUUAAACUGAAUGAAGAUAAUGCUGGAAGUAUGGCAAAAUGGUCACCAUUCGACGUUUGCAAAUUAAUACCGAUAUAUAAAACAAGGAAGCGUCCUCUGCAAUUUCAACGUUCAAAAUCAUAUUUUGAACAUUGGGUAGGAUGGGAUUGGCGUCGGACAUCUGCGAUUGUAAAUAUAAUUGACGACGGAUAUAUAGUUUUGAGUGCCCCAGAUGAAGAAGAAAAACGUUGGACAGUUAUAGAAUGGAAAGCACCGAAUGAAGAUACAGAAAAUGUUUUGUUUAAAUCAGCUGCAUCUGAAGCACUCAAACGAGGUACAAAAAACUUGCGUAUAGAUACACUUCCCCAGUAUUUAGACAAACAACAUUUCCGUGAAUUAGGUCACCUAACGGAAAAACAAAACAACAAUAUUAUGUUGCGUAAUAUCAAUUUACCCAUGGAGAAAUACAAAGAACUUUUACAAUUAUAUGAAUCCGGGAAAGCUGUAUGGUGGAGAGGAGAUUGGUUUUAA